CGUCAUAUCGUCGGCUCCUCCUCAGCCGACCGGACGCAACUUGUCUCAAAAACUAUCGCUAUAAAUAUACAUUCCGCCCACUCCAGGCCCAACUAUCCGCUUCUCCUCUUUUCUUUCUUGUCUUCUUCAAUGGGCUUCUUCCAGUUAUCCUCUCUUUCCCGUUCCACCGCCGGCAAAUGGCUCGGCCUCGUCACUGCCGUCUGGAUUCAAUCUAUUUGCGGCAACGACUACACUUUCUCCAACUACUCCCGUGCCCUCAAAUCCCUUAUGCAUCUCACCCAGAUCGAGCUCAACAAUCUCUCCGUCGCCAAAGAUGUGGGCAAGGCCUUUGGACUCCUCGCCGGCCUCGCUUCCGACCGUUUUCCUACUUGGGCCAUCCUCCUCAUCGGUUCCCUUGAAGGUCUCCUCGGUUACGGCGUCCAGUGGCUCGUCGUUAGUCAAAGGAUCCAACCCCUUCCCUACUGGCAGAUGUGCAUAUUUUUGUGCUUGGGAGGGAAUAGCACGACUUGGUUGAACACGGCAGUGUUAGUGACGUGCAUACGAAAUUUUCGAAAAAACAGAGGGCCGGUUUCUGGCAUUCUGAAAGGAUUUGUUGGGUUAAGCACCGGGAUAUUCACAGAUCUCUGUUCUGCUCUGUUUGCUGACGAUCCCUCUUCCUUCCUCGUUAUGCUCUCCUUAAUUCCCUUCGCCGUCUGCCUCACCGGCAUCUUUUUCCUCCGCGAGUCUCCCCCUGCUUCUACAGCAGCCGAGAGCGAAGAAGAAUCCAAGUAUUUCGGCAUACUGAACGGCCUCGCAGUCAUCGUCGCCGUUUAUUUAUUGAUUUUUGGAUUCAUACCCGACCCCAGCACGCUCGUGUCUCGAGUGUUCGCCGGUGGUCAACUAGUUCUGUUGACGUCGCCGUUGGUCAUUCCUUUACAUUCAUACUUCAAAGGCUUGCCGAUUCUGGAUAUUGAAGAAGAGGGGAAGGAACCGUUGCUUCAGAAUGAGGAGAAGGUGAGAGAAGAGGCGGGGGCGGAGGUGGUUGUGAGGAGGAGGAGGAGGCCAGUGGUGGGAGAGGAACACACGAUAGCAGAGGCGCUGAGCACGAUGGAUUUUUGGAUUUUGUUUGUGUCGUUUCUGUGCGGGGUUGGAACGGGUCUGGCGGUGAUGAACAAUAUGGGUCAAAUCGGGUUGGCACUCGGAUACUCCGACGUCUCCAUAUUUGUGGCGCUUACAAGUAUUUGGGGUUUCUUCGGGCGGAUCAUAUCGGGUUCGGUUUCCGAAUACUUCAUCCAGACUUUUUUAAUACCAAAGAAAACCAAGGCGUAAGUAAGGAAGUUAGGUAAAAAGAUGGGACGUCAAGUGGAAAAUGACAGCUGAAUCUAACCCAACGUGUUAGU